AUGCCAGGACGACUCCCAUCGAUUCCUGUCCUCCUCGGCGUCUCACGCAAUCCCUUCUCCGAGCCAGCCGACAGCUCAAAAGAGCUAUGGCAAAGACUGGCGACAAGACGUCCAUCUCCGCUGCGCUUCGUACUGCAUCUUUCCCGUCGACCAAACGCAGCCCUCUGCCCCUGCCUGGAAGUCGACCUCGCCUCUUCCACCUCGCCUUCGACGUCUUUCACGGUCACCCGCAUCCUCGACCCUGAACAUCGGGUUCCAUACAUCACUCUCACUCCGAUCCUCCAUGCUGCUGGACUGACCAUCAUCCAAGGGCUGCUGCGUUUCGACCCCUCUCCGUCCUCAUUCGACCUCUCGCUAGCAGGCCUAGAGCCAUGGGACGACUUGUGGAUCUCACUCCCUCUCGCUCGAUCCAUUGCUUCGCAGCUAGGUUUAUCUCAACCUCUUGCUUUGAUCCUAGACGCAAAAAGUGCUCAGGCGUGGAGUCUGGAUGAGUUCGAGGAGGGUUUGUCGCACAACUGGAGGGUGCCGCAGGACGUACUGGAUGCAGCGGCAUACUCGACCGAUGCCAUCACGGACGAGGAGCUGCGCUUUGACAAGGUACAGUUGCUACCGCAGGGUCAGCAGAUCGAGACGCUCUUAUCGAGAGAAUUGAGGUGGGCCAUCGUCAACAAAGCAAGGGAAAGUCGGAGAAGUUUGAAGUUCAAGCUACAUCAGAAUAUGGUGAGAUGGUCGAGUCAGGUCUACUCCGUCUUUCGGGAUUUCGGCCCGACGUUCAGAGAUGAUGUUAAUGAUGAGGAGAGGAAGGCAAUCAUGCGAGCGGGGUUAGAUGAUCUGGGCGAGGUUGUUGUCCCUCCGACAGAGACAGAUUUUAUCGAUUGGCUGCAGACCAUCUCUUGUCUCAUGCGGUUGAGUGAGUCGCCGGCAGAAUCAUCCUCGACCGGCCAGCACGACUCGGACAGCGGCUCCAUGCUAGCUCCUCUCACGCCGCUAGAGGUGUCUGAUCUGCGAGGCGAUGAGCCAACCCUAGGCGACAUGCUUGCUUCCGCUCGACAAGGCGACGAUGAAAAGGAGAUAGUAUCUCAAUUGCACUCGAUCCUCCGAUCGAGGAUGGCAGCGUUGCACAACGUCAACCUCAUCUCCCUGGAGCAUCUUUCAUCCACCCGCACGACAUCCCACGAUGUUCAACACGACAGAUCGAUCCCGGCGAGCACUAUGAAUGGUGUCUCAACAGCUGAAAGGUCACCUGCUACCGAAGAGACCGCUGCAGCACCUGCUGCUGCUGAGGCUGCAACGAAGGUAGAUGUUUCUCAACUACACGCAAAAGUCGAACAGUUGGCCAACAGGAUCGAAUCCCUGCUCGCUUCGAGCCCCCCGACACUCUCUCUCCGGCAGUCUCGCCGUGCAGACCAGUUGCCGGCCCGUCGUUCUACAGACGUCGAACAGCAUCCUCACCUGCCCGCACCUUCAGCAGACGCCCGUCAGCUCAACAUACCAGUCCCUACCUUGACUCGCAUUGAAUCCACGCCCUCGCUCGCAAUCGUCAUCGUAUCCGCAGCUGUAUUCCUUAUGCUCAUCAAAUCCAAUUCCUAA